UUCAACUCCGCCCGGCCCGGGCCACCGCCGCCGCGCGGACCCGGACUCGGACCGGACCCUCACUCUCCUCCUUCCCGGACUUGUUGCGGUCGACUUUGGUGGAGUUUAACGGGGGGCGGUGUGUGUGUGUUUUUCUUUUUUUUUUGGGUGUACCGUUAUACCUGGAUGGCGUCUCUCCCUCCGCCUAGCGGUACUCUCUCCGAACCGUUAUCCCUUACAAUAAAUCCGGGAGCGCUUGUUUUGUCACUUGUUUGAUUGAUUUUCACUACUUUUUGCACUUUUGCAGUUGACUUUUCCCCCCCUUUCUCCACAACAACGUGGCUCUCGCUCGCGCUCCGCACUUUGUUUAACGGCAAGAGGAUGAACGCCCGGGCCAGGGCCGGGGCGAGGCUCGGCGGGGCUCGGGGAGGGCCGCCGAACCGGGCCGUGGGAGUGCACCGUGGGGUAACGACAACUCGGCAGGGAGUCGCUUUAAUGGUCGGACUCUGGCUCUGGACGUCGCGGCUUUUUUGCACGAGGUUUAGUGAUGGCAGAGAGAUGGGAUGUUUAUUAUUUCGUGGCCACUUCCCCCCCUCAUUCCUCCGCCUCCUUCUCUUCCUCCUCCUCUUCCCUGCUGCUGCACCAAAUGUUGCCUCGUUUAAGGUGGCUCGGCGAUGGUUUCGAAAGCGUAAGAAUUAACAGAAUACCUGCAGAAGCUCGACCGGAAGCGGAUCUGGUGGCGCGUGUGUGGCGAGGACCUCGACACGCACACGCACAAGGGGCUGCAAAUGACAACCUGCGCAGUGACGAACGUAAAUGGCGGCUUGGAGGCCAGCAGCUCCGACUCGGACGAUGACGACAAGCUACACAUCGUGGAGGACGAAAGCCCGCCUGACGCCGAAGAGACCGCGGUGGCGAGGGGGGACCGCCGCGACGCCAAAGACGCGACAGACGCGACAGACGCCAACAAUGCAGUAUUAACACAGAAUGGAGCCUGGAACGGAGUGAAAGAGGAGUGCGUGUCCGGAGAAGAAGAAGAAGAAGAAGAAGAAGAAGAAGAAAAUGGAGUCAAGUGUGGAGUGAAGAAAGAAGUGGUGGUGGAGGAGGAGAUCCUCCAGAAAGAAGACACGGCUGUUAUCUACCCAGAAGCCCCCGAUGAUCAGCAGAGUCCUGCGGAGACGGGGGGCGUGGACGAAAACGGCACACCAGACUCCCUUCAGCUGCACACGUGUCCGUACUGCUCGCGAGGCUACAAGCGCAACGCUUCGCUGAAAGAACACAUCAAGUACCGGCACGAGACCAGCGAAGACAACUACAGAUGCUCGCACUGCAGCUACACCUUCACAUACCGCUCGCAACUCGAGAGGCACAUGAGUCACCACCGGGGCAGCAAGGAGCAGCGUCACGUGCAGUCGUCCGGUGGCGGUGGAAGUGGAGGAGGCCCUCGCAAGUUCAAGUGCACAGAGUGCUUCAAAGCCUUCAAGUACAAACACCACCUGAAGGAGCACCUGCGCAUACAUAGUGGUGAGAAACCAUACGAGUGUGCCAACUGCAAGAAGCGAUUCUCACACUCUGGCUCGUACAGCUCGCACAUCAGCAGCAAGAAGUGCGUGAGUGCGGCCAACGCCCCCAACGGCCUGGCCCGCAAGUCCGUCAAGUCACUGCCGCCCGUUGCUGACAUCCCGGGGGUUGCGGUCACCUCUACCCGCGUGGUCCUAACGGAGAAGCCGGAAAGCAAACCCCUCCAAGAACAGCUCCCCGUCACGCAAAUCAAAUCAGAAGCGACCGAGGUGCCCUGCAAGCCGGCUGUGGCGUCGGCACCAUCGGCCAAUGGGGCGGCGCCCCAGCCCCAACCGCUAUCACAGGGCGUAGCUAUGGUGCUUCCCACUGUGGGGCUGGUGCCCCCCAUCAACAUCAAUCUGAGUGACCUGCAGAACGUCCUGAAACUGGCUUUGGAUGGGAACGUUUUGAGGCAGGUUCUGGGGACCGCCAAUGGCUCUGCGGUGCAGGGAAAGCCGGGGAUCGUGGUCCAGCAACCUCAGCAGCAGAUCAUUAGCCUGCCCGCCUUCGUUGACCACGAUGGGACCACCAAGAUCAUCAUCAACUACAGCAUCGGACCCGCACCUGUCACCACCGCUACUACUACUGCCACCACCACCCAACCCAUGCCGCUUCUUGUCAAAAACAACCUGGUCCCGGCUGCACCCAUCCCGACCAAAACUGACAAGCCACCCAGUCCCAAGGUUGACCUCAGCCUGGUGAAGGAGGAGCCCGAAGAGUCGGUGCUCAUCACAGAAACAAAAACAGACCAAUUGAAGAGCAUCAAGACUGAAGAAGCUGAGGUGCUGCCACCCGACACCGGAUCUGGUACUUGUUCACUGUGCGACGAGUGCCCCGAGAACCUGGAGGCGUUGCACUUGCUCCAGCACCACAAGGCGGCCAACGGGGAGGCGGUGGACUCGGCCGCCUUGGACCCAUCCUUCGCCGCCUUGCUCAGCGACGCCGGUGUGACGCUGGAGCAGGAGCCAGCUGUGGAUGAUCUCCUGACCCUCCUUAAGACCUACUUCGCCUCCAACGCCAACCCUGACCAAGAAGAGCUAGAGAAGAUAUCAGACUCUGUUAGGAUUCCCGUGGACGUGGUGCGGAAGUGGUUUGCCAAGAUGAACUCUGGAAGAAAAAUCUGUCAAGACCAGGCGGCGUCCAAACAGACUGAACCUCUAAACUGUGAGUCAGAGGCCCCCAAACAAGCCUCGUGUCAAUCCCCAUCUGAAUCCCCGUCGUUAAACACCAGCGACUUGGUCAUCAUCAAAAGCGAGCCAGAGGACCCCGAGGCUCUGGACUCCCAGGCCGAACCCUUGGACCUGUCCCUCCCGAAACAAGUCCCCCCUCCCACAUCUGCUGCACUCCCAGAGGACACCUCACCUGCCAAAAAAACACCCCAGCCUGUGACCCUAGCCUGCCUAAGGAAGGAGGAGGUGGGUGGUCGUACUAUCUAUGUGGCCACGCCUCAGACGCGCCGAACCGCCGUCAACAUCAUCCCCACCUCACAGCUGCCCACCUUGGUGGCCAUCACAGGUCAGGGCCCGGUUGGCUGCCUUGGCGCCCUCGGGGGCUCGGCCAAGCGGACCAUUCUCAUCCCACAGCUCACCUACACCUACGCCAACUCGGCUGGAACCACGGCGAAGACGGUCGUGCUCAACGGACACAAGACACCGGAAGCGAGCUCUGAUGGCGCGGCGGACGAACAAAGGGAGAUGUCACUAAUGAAGAAGCCACGUCUGGAAAACGGCGUCUACGCUUGUGACCUGUGCAACAAGGCCUUCCAGAAGGGGAGCUCCUUGCUCAGGCACAAAUAUGAACACACAGGAAAGCGUCCUCAUGAGUGUCCAGUGUGCCACAAGGCCUUCAAGCACAAGCAUCAUCUUAUUGAGCAUUCGCGCCUGCAUUCCGGCGAGAAACCCUACCAGUGCAACAAGUGCGGAAAGCGCUUCUCUCACUCGGGCUCCUACUCGCAGCACAUGAACCACCGCUACUCCUACUGCAAGCGGGACGGCUCCGAUUAUGGCUCCAGCCCGGACGCAGACGCCACCGCCGCCGCAGUCGUCGUGGGAAGUCCGACCGCCACGCUGGACUCGGACGUCGGCGAGAGCGAGGACGACGACGAAGCCAUGUGUGUCGACGACAUCCGGGUCGUACAGGUGGACGACGGCGAGUGCGAGAUUUACGAAGGCAACUUUGAUGAUGAUGAUGACGACGAUGACGACGAAGAAGACAACGUGGAGAAAGAUGAUGAAAAAGAAGAAGAGCAUGUAGAAGAAAAGGAGAAAAACCUAGAUGUGGAUGAGUUUGCGUGCCAGGUGGUAGAGGUGGAACUGAAAGACGAGCAGACGCCGGAGCCCCCCGUAGCGGACAAGGCGGAGGCAGCCGGCGUCAACCUUGAGCAGAUGGCGGACUGCACUUACAAAAGCAUCAGGGACUGGUCGGACAGUGAGGAAUCCUCCGACGAUCAAGCUGUGACGGACACCAAAUAAGCCAACCCUCCCCCUUCGGGACACUUUUGAGAGCCCCAGCUCCAGAUCUAACUCUGGCUUUGACUCCGGUUCCGGUUCUAGGUCUGGCCUCCAGAUCAGGUGUCGUAUGGAAUAUGAACCCUUUUAAAAAUUAACCCACCCAAUGGCUGCCCCACCAAAAUUUGCAUAUAAAGAAAAUAAUUUAAUGUUCUCGACCGGUUAGUCACGGUUAGGGUUAGAGUCAGUAAUAUAUGCUAUUUGUAGUCAUUUAGUUAAAUUUCUUUUUAUCACGGAAGUAAUGACCCCCUUACGCCCCAAAAAGGUUUAACAUUACCUAUACAUGCCACGAGAUGGCACCAAAGCACUAAUUUUGUCUAAAUGAAACUUGUCAACUCACUUCACAGUAGUUUCUUGGCACCACAAUGCCACGAGCUGGGAUCAAAGCACUGCUUUGGCCUAAAUCAAGCUCCUUAGUUCACGUCAUCAGUUUUUUUUGUUUUGUUUUGCACCAAAUUAAUACUUUUAUUUAGUUUGGCUUAAGCAAAGAAACAAUAACAGCGGAUAGGUUCCCCCUCAAAAAAAAUCUAUGAUUUGGUGAUUUUGCAAAUGCCUGGUUCACGCAACAUAAAGAUGUGUAUGUUUUUAAGUGAAUAUUUUAGGAGUUGGUGGGUUCAUAUUUUAUGGGGGUCCAUUUACAGUCUGACAUCAGGCUCUGACUCCGACUUCAGUUCCAGCUGCAGUUCCAGAUCUGGGUCCGACUCUGGCUCCGGCGGCGGUUGGCUGCUUUUAACGGUCCACUACUGUGUCCAAACACCUAGGUGUGCCUGAACUCUUUUCUUUCUCUUGCAAAUAUCAGUGUUACAAAUGUUUGUUUAUAGACACUUUGCUUCGUGUUACUAAUUUGACUUUUAUUUUUUUGGGUUGCCAAUGUUUCCGACAUCAGUAUUUUCCUUGAGUUCUACGAACAAAAAGCGCUGCACUACGGUUUUCCCCAUUGUCACCCUUUCAGUGUUAUAUGCCAUUAGCUGACGUAAGCUGGCGUUUGUUUUUAUUUUUGACUGUUAGCCUUAAGGAAAAGGAAAAAAAAAAAAUUUCCCCCACCCACCCACGAGCAAAAUGGGCGGCGCCCCUGCCUUAUGCAAGACUUGCGUGCUGUUAAAGUGCCAUUGAACAUUGUUGUUGUCGUCUCCCCACUCGCGUGGAGGGUGUUAACAAGCGUCUGUUACUGUACGUUACCUGUUACAUUACAUACGUUUCGCACGAUGGUUUCUUUAUCUGUUACAAGCGCCCAGCGCCACGUUCACACCCGUAUGACCACCCGUUAACCACAGCCGUCAAACACCAUGCAUGUCAAAUUAUUUACGUAAUUGUAAUGAUUUUCGUAUUUUUUAAAAAAUACUGUAUUACGUCUCAAAAGCAGUAAAAGCUAAUCUCUAAAAUCAAAUGAAAAUCAACAACACAGUGUUAAUGAUAUGCCCUAAAUGUUUUAAGUCAUUGCGAUUUGUAAACAGUAAAGUUGACAGUUUUAGUAGUAACACAAUUUUAACAAUUUUCUGGAGUUUUACCCCAAAAAUUUCAGUGCGUUUUGUAAAGCAGUAAAAGUUCCAAGUUUACAUUUAAAAAUAAAUAAAUAAAUAAAAUAAAAUAAAAAUAAAUAAAUCUACGAUUUUUUUUUUUUACAUUGAAUAAAAUCUGCUACGCGUUUUUUUUUUCAUAUUUCAUUAAGAUUCAUAAAGCAGUAAAACUUCUAUUUUUUUAUAAUUAAUAUUGCUGCACGUUUUCAAAUGUUUUUAUAUUUAAUUAAAUAUAAAAAUUAUUAGAACAGGAAAAAGCUCAAGUUUACAAGUUAAAUUUUUUCAAUCGGCUUCACGAUUUUAGAGAUUUGCAAUUUCAGGGCCAACAUUUUGAAAAUUCUUGCAAAAAAAAAAUCCUGAACCUUAAUUUCAAUUUGUGAGGAAAUAGUGUUUGUUUAAAUAAACUAGUUUGCUACACUUUAAUUUUCAAUUCUUUUUUUUUUAGAAUUCUAUUUUUUAAUUUGCAACUGUUUACCUUUUUUUUUUUUUAAAAUGUAGUCUUCCAUUACAAAGAAGUAAAAACUCAAGUUUACAAGAUUACUUCAUAAAAACAGACAACUUAUGUGAUUUUAAAAAAACAAAUAUUUUUUUCCUCGAAUUGUUAUGUGUAACUAGCUCCAUUUGAAAAGUUUUUAAAACGGUUUGGCUACACAAUUUCUAACGAAUCUUUUUAAACCUUAUUGUCCUUUGUUUGUAAAGUGGUAAUAGUUCACGUUUACAUAAAGAAAAUAUACAGAAUUCAAAUUAUGUAUAUAUUAUGCUCGCGCACUUCAACGAUGUUUGCAUUUUUUUUAAAUUUCAUUGUGAUUCAUAAAGUAGUAAAAGCUCAAGUUUGUUUGAACAAAAAUGUAAGUAAAUAUUUUCCCGAUCUUGUUUCCAUUGUGAAGUAGACAAAGCUCAGGUUUACAACCUCACUUUUAAAGAAUUAGCUACACCAAUUUUUUAUUUUUUUUUGUAAUUUUCUUUUGUAAAACUUUUAUUUUCACAGUUUUGUUUAAGUUUAAUUUUACAUCUAAAAUGACUUGACAAUAACGCUUAAUUUUAUUUUAUCCCAUUUGUGCACUUGUUCCGGUUGAAAAUGUCGGCGCGCUGUCCCGCACUUUGGGUGGCAAACGUUCGCGAACGUGGCGCUCGCCUGGUUUUUCCUGUUUAUUACUUUACCAAAACAGUAUUUCUUUUGUUGUUGGAUUUGAGCGCGUUUUUAACAAAGCCAGUAUUAAAAACUCUUUACACAACUUUUUUUUAUAUAUAUAUUUAUGUCUUUUUUGUAUUUUCCUUUUGACGGUUAUUUAUUACGCUUUAUUAUUGGUAGUGUACAUGACUGUAGGAUGAAUCGAUAAUAUAUUUUAGUAUGAAAAACAACAAAUCAAACAAGCUCAGCCCACCGUGUAGUUCUGGGACUUUCUGAGUUGGUUUUACAGAAAAAAAUUAGGGGAAAAAAAAAUAAAUAAUAAGAUAAAAAGUAAAAAUAUUCGUCUUGAAUUCUAUUAAUGUGUUCAAAAACAAUGAAGAAAAAGCCAAAUGAAAGUGUUACACGUCGUUAUGAAGCUACUGAUUAAAAACGCAUGCGAUGAAGCUCCAACCUUUUUUUGUUUGUUUUUUGCUUUUAUCAUUUUUUUUCCUCUGGUUUUUGUCGUGCCAUCAUUGCAUCACAUUUGUUCCUUUUAUAAUGUUUGUCCCUUCACAAUAAACGUGACUGCAUCUCUGAA